AUGACCCGUCUUCAAUUUUUCCUUUCUGUGCUGGCUAUGGGCUCUGCAGCCCUAGCGAGUCAGGAUUCCUUCCAGUCCAAGUGUGCAAGCUUCGCGGACAAGAUUGACUUGCCCAAUGUCAAGGUCAAUUUCGUUAAUUAUGUUCCUGGGAACUCGAAUCUGUCGCUGCCGGAUGCGCCGGCUAGCUGCGAUUCAUCUUCCCAGGAAGUAUAUGCGGACAUGUGCCGAGUUGCCAUGGCUGUCGCAACUUCAAACAGCAGCGAGAUCACCCUGGAAGCCUGGUUUCCCCGGAAUUACACCGGUCGCUUCUUGAGUACAGGCAAUGGAGGUGUUUCAGGUUGCAUUCAAUAUUAUGAUCUUGCGUAUACCGCCGGACUAGGCUUUGCUACAGUCGGUGCCAAUAAUGGCCACAAUGGAACGACGGGCAAGCCCUUCUAUCGUCAUCCUGAGGUUAUUGAAGAUUUCGCUUGGCGCUCAAUUCAUACCGGAGUUGUCGUUGGCAAGAAGCUCACUAAAUUGUUCUAUGAUGAGGGUUACAACAAGUCUUACUACCUUGGCUGUUCCACGGGUGGCCGUCAAGGCUUCAAGUCGGUCCAGAAAUUCCCCAAUGACUUCGAUGGUGUCGUUGCUGGUGCUCCGGCAAUGAACUUCAUUAAUCUGCUCUCUUGGAGUGCGCAUUUCUACCCCAUCACCGGUCCCCCUUCGUCAGAAAGCUAUCUUUCACCGGCUAAGUGGAAGGUUGCCCAUGAUGAGAUCCUGCGACAAUGUGAUCCGAUUGAUGGAGCGAAAGACGGUAUUAUUGAGGACCCUGAUCUCUGCCAUCCGAUCAUGGAGCGCAUCAUUUGCAAGCCUGGCUCCUCCAACUCAACGAACUGUCUCACUGCAGCCCAGGCACACACUGUCCGGGAAGUUCUCUCACCUUUCUACGGCGUGAACGGAACCCUCCUCUAUCCCCGUAUGCAGCCAGGAUCAGAAGUCCUUGCUGCCUCUAUCAUGUACAACGGACAACCCUUCCCCUACAGCCAAGACUGGUACCGCUACGUCGUUUACAACGACACGAAAUGGGACGCUUCCAAAUUUAGCGUUAAAGAUGCUGCCGUGGCCCUGGCUCAGAACCCGUACAACAUCCAAACCUGGGAUGCUGAUAUCUCCCCCUUCCAAAAGGCAGGCGGCAAGGUCCUCACCUACCACGGUCUCCAGGACCAGCUGAUCAGUUCCGAAGACUCCAAGCUGUACUAUGCACGAGUUGCCGAGACCAUGCAAGUGCCCCCAGAGGAUCUGGAUGAUUUCUACCGUUUCUUCCAGAUCAGUGGUAUGGGACACUGCAGAGGAGGCGAUGGCGCCUCGGGUAUCGGAAACACUGCUCAGUCGUAUAACGGAGAUAACCCAGAAAACAACGUUCUCAUGGCCAUGGUCCAGUGGGUGGAAAAGGGCAUUGCUCCAGAGUUUGUCCGUGGUGCCAAGUUCUCCAAUGGUGUCGGCUCGGCUGUUGAGUAUACUCGCAAGCACUGCCGAUACCCACGCAGAAAUGUGUACAAGGGACCUGGAAACUAUACCGAUGAAAAUGCAUGGCAGUGCGUUUAA